AUGGGUUCGAAAACAUCGGUGCAAAAACAUCAACAACAAUAUUCAGAUUCAGAUACACAAAAUUCUGGUUUUAGUAGCAGUCUUUUAUCUCGAAAACGGUAUACUCAAAAAAAUAAUGUUAAUAAAGAUACUCGUCCUGCAUCUACUAUCGAAAAAGCAACGUUGUAUAGACAUCAUCAAUUAAUAUCUUCAUUUCAUGAUAAAAAAUUUGAUCAACAAGUAAACGUCGUUGAACCAUCUACAAAUAAUCAAAUCGAAAAAGAAAAAGAAAAAGAAAAAACUCCUGUUGAUACAAAUAAGAGAAAAAGACAAGUUGGUAUUAGAAAAAGUCGAUCAACUGAUCAUAUAUUAAGUUCAACGACUGUUAUUACAGCUGAACAAUUAUUAAAUAGUCAUGCCAAACGAAAACAAUUUAAUUCAUCAUCAACUUCUCAGACAACAACACAAUCAUUUCAAUUUGAAAACAUUGAAAAAUCAUCUUCAACAAAUGAUUUCGAUAAAAAGUUUCCUUUGAAAAGUUCAAGAAAAAAAAUUUCAUCAGAUCUUCAACUUGUUUUAAUUCAACCACAUGAAUUUCAGAAUGUUCGUGAAAUUGGUAAAGGUAAUUUUGGUAUUGUUUAUUAUGCAUCAUACAAAGGUAAACGUGAUAUUGCAUUAAAAACCUUAUAUAUUCCAGAUGAAAAUACAUCAAAAUAUUCGUUUGAUACUUAUGAUGAAAAUAUGCAUGAAUUACUUUAUGAAGCACAUAUUAUGACACAAUUAAAACAUCCAAAUCUUUUACGUAUAUUUGGUGUUACAUUUUUUGGUGAUAAACAACAAUUAAGUUUAGUUACAGAUUUUAUGAAAAAUGGUUCUUUAUUAAAUUAUUUAAGAAAAUAUCGAGAAAUUUUUUUAAAAUCUGAUUCUCAAAUAAUAACAAGAAAAUUAAAUAAUUUUGGAAGACAAAUAUUUGAAGCUAUGCUUUAUUUAGAAGAACGAAAUAUUAUUCAUCGAGAUUUAGCAGCUAGAAAUUGUUUAAUUGGUCAACAUGAUAAACUUAAAGUUGGAGAUUUUGGUUUAACUACAUUGACUGAUUGUGGAUUGUACAAAGGUAGUGGUCAUUCAGUAUGUGCUCCACGUUGGACAUCACCUGAAGCAUUAUUUUUAUCAAAAUAUUCUUCUCGUUCAGAUGUUUGGAGUUAUGGUAUAACUCUUUGGGAAAUAUAUUCGUUGGGUGAACGACCCUUUGGAAGUAUCAACAAUUAUGCUGUUCAUAUUCUAUUAAAAAAUUCGUCAGAAAAUAUUAGUGAUUUUCUUCCACAACCACAAAAUUUUGGUUCCAUUGAAGCAUAUACGCACAUUAUUCUUUCUUGUUUAACAUAUAAUGUUACUAUGCGACCACGUUUUCGUGAUUUAAGAGACAGUCUUAUGACUAUUCUUACAAACGAUCAAUAA